AUUCUUGUAACUUCACCUGGCAUAACAACGACCUACACCGGGCUUCUCAAGCCUCCAAAGUGGCUUGCAUGCCUCAGUGUAGAUAUAGAGAGCGCAAAUCGUCGAAAACCUCUUAUUUACAUGAACAAUCAGUCAUUGAUCAACAGCUAUCUGGAGAUACGGAGAACUCAGCUCAAGCAUGGAUCCGCCGACCUAACGCCGAUGCCUAGAGCUCAUCGACAGCUUCUAACUGAUUGUAGGUACUCGGUUGCUGAACCUGCAUACAUUAUUAUGACACAGUGUACCGGGGUAGCUCCAAGCUGUUUACCUUACAGGAGCUUGUCGAGAUGCCGGACAGAAACCCGCAAGCCUCUCACAGCUAUUUAUCUGGACUUCCCACGUCUCCGGGUCUUUUUAUCAUUUCAGUUACUCUCUAGUGCUUCAAUUGCCAAAAAAUGAAGCUCUCUCCAGUUGUUCUCGGCUUUGCAGCUGCUGUGUCCGCCCAUGGCGACCACAACAAAGAUCAGGACCCAAUUGGCCCACACGAGGGACUGUGGUACAACACUCUUCCUGGUGAUGGCGGAACGCAGGCCGACUCCAUCUUCUCGGGUAUCUCCACAUUCGGUCGCCUCCCAUAUUAUCCAUGCCUUUCCAGCAACAAGGUCAAAUUUGAUAUCGCGUUCAUAGGCGCUCCAUUCGACACCGGGACAUCGUACCGUCCAGGUGCCCGUUUCGGACCAAGUGGCAUCAGACAAGGUUCUCGCCGACUCAAUCUCUAUGGCGGUUACAACGUUCCACUCAAAGCGAAUCCCUUCGAUUCGUGGGCAAAGGUCAUUGAUUGCGGAGACAUCCCAGUCACCUCAUACGACAACGCCUAUGCGCUGAAGCAAAUUGAAGAAGGUCACAAUCUACUUUUGAGUCGGGCUCCGGCCACUCAUGCCGACAAGCCUGGCCCUUCCAAGGAGGGCAAGACCCUGCCGCGGUUGAUCACUCUUGGAGGUGACCACACCAUCACUCUCCCUCUUUUGCGCUCUAUCAAUCGCGAGUAUGGCCCGAUCAGUGUCAUCCACUUCGAUAGUCAUCUCGACACUUGGAAGCCCAAGGUCUUUGGCGGCGCUCCCAGCGAGCAAGCCAGCAUCAACCACGGAACCUACUUCUUCCACGCCUCGCAAGAAGGUCUUCUUGCCAACGAUUCCAACAUCCACGCCGGCAUCCGCACGACGCUGUCCGGACCAUCUGACUAUGAGAAUGACGGCUACUGCGGCUUCCAAAUUGUCGAGGCCAGGGAGAUUGACAAGAUCGGCACUGAUGGCAUCAUCAAGAAGAUCAAGGAGAGAGUCGGUACAGAUAAGCCUGUGUACCUGUCAAUUGAUAUUGAUACUCUGGACCCAGCUUUCGCGCCUGCUACUGGUACGCCGGAAACUGGUGGAUGGACUACGCGCGAGCUUCGCACCAUCAUCCGUGGCCUCGAGGGUAUCAACCUUAUCGCAUCAGAUAUUGUUGAAGUCGCCCCCGCUUACGAUACCAAUGCUGAGCUGACAACUAUGGCUGCUGCUGAUGUUUUGUUUGAGGUAAUGACGCUGAUGGUCAAGAAGGGACCACUCAGCGAGAUGGGGUCGGGUAAACAAGAGACAAUCGAACUCUAG